ACCGGAUAACAUCAAAAGAUUUUUUUAAUUUCCCUAAUCGUAUUCAUAUAAAUAGGGAGCAUUAUAACCUCAAAUAACACACCCGAGAGGAUUCAAAAACCCUAGACACCAAAAUCAAAUCAAAGAUGAUGGAAGGAGCAUUGCAAAGUGUGAAGGCCUUCUUGAGUGCAUUGGCAUCACAAUUAAGAAGUUUGAUCAAGGACCAAAUAGAUUCCACUACUGCCAAUAUAAACCAAGUUAGAGAAAGUAUGACAGAGGCGCUGGUUUUAUGGGAAAGGUUUUAUCAAAGGAUUGAAAGGAUUGAAGAGGUGUUGUCAAAGAUUUCAUCUGAUGUUCAGCUUGGAACAGAGAAGAACGUGGAGGAAAGGUCUGAAUCUUUCCAAACCAUGGAAGUAGUGUUGCCUUGUAGACGUGAAAACAAUGAUGAGGAGGAAGAAUCAGAAGUCGAUGAUCUCAACAGUGCCAUGGGAUCUUCAAACCGCAUCCAAUUAGAUUCCAUUUUCCAAAGACACGGCAAAGUACGAAGUUGCCGGCGAGGUUGUCGAUAUAUCCAAAUAAACGAGAGCUUAUAAUUGACUUUGUUCACUUAAAGCAUGCCGUAGGUGUCUAAACAAAUUUAUAAACUAAAUCAUCUGAUUUUUUUAUAUUUUGCUGCUGAUUUUUUAUAUUUUGCUG